AUGCAAUUUCUCACGCACAAGACAAGACUACAUAUCGGAAAGUUAGUGAAAGACACAUCAGCUAGACUGAAAGAAGUUAGUGAAACUGAUCAUCAAAGAGGUGUAGAUCAAAAGAAGAAGAUUUUGGAUGCUAAGCUUGCAAAAGAAUUUCAAUCUGUAUUGAAAGAGUUUCAAAAGGCUCAACGUCUCGCUGCUGAGAGAGAAACCUUUUAUGCUCCUCCUCUUGUGACCAAACCGUCUCCUCCAUCUAGCAAUACAGCCAGUGAGAUAGAUGUGAAUGCAGAUAAGCAUCAAGAGCAGCGUUCGCUUCUUGAGGAAUCAAAAAGACAAGAACUUGCACUGUUGGAUAAUGAGGCUGUUAUUGAGGAAAGAGAGCAAGCGAUAGAAGUAAUCCAGCGGCAAAUUAGCGAAUUGCAUGAAAUUUUCAAAGACUUGGCACAGUUGGUACAUGAUCAACGACCUAUGAUUGCAGAUGAUAUAUGUACUAACAUUGAUAACUCCCACGCUGCAACUGCACAAGGAAAUUCCCAUCUCGCAGAAGCCUCAAAGACACAAAGAUCGAAUUCUUCUCUGACGUGCUUACUCUUGGUGGUUUUUGGUAUCGUGCUCAUGAUUGUUAUUAUAGUACUCGCUGUUUGA